CAACACGGAGCAAAACACAACAACGCCUGAGGACUGGACUGUUGUAAGUCAUUUACAAGUAGUGUGUUAAGUAUUAAGUAUUGUGAUUAUUCAUUUGUAGUUGUCCUGUAUUUAAACUACUGUACAGUGUACAGCAAUGUGUAUUUCUUAGUUGUAGCUACAUCGUUGCCACAUGCGUCUGCAGCAUGGCUUUUGGGGGGUGGGACCACCCUCUCGCACUGUAGAAAGUGGAUGAGAUUAUUCUCCGCAAUUGACCAGAGUAGUGUUAUAGGAUCUGCCUCGCCCUCUGCAGGUAGGGAUAGUGACUGUUUUGCUUUAUAAUCAACACCUUUCCCAUGUAAAGGUGUACUUUGCAGUCAGAUGGAUCCAGAUGAUUAUGGCAGUGCUAAGCAUUGUCGGUUCAGGUUCCAUACUUGUUUAUGCAACUUUCCAACACCUUAUAAGGACACCUGAGAUCCAGCCAUUGUUCUUACUGAGUGUGACAGACUUGCUGCUGGCAGUCAGCUGGCUGAUAGGAGCAGUACUGUUCACCCAGGACUGUGAUAGCCAUGUGACCUGCUACAACCUACACAUCGUUGAACAGAUGCUGUAUAUGACCUCGUUCUUCUACACAUUGAACUAUGUAUGGACCCUGUACUCUGGGCUAAAUAACAGAUUCUACAGUAGCCUUCAUGGAUACCCAGCCCAAUGCGCCACCAAACUGAGAAGCUUCAGCAAGAUUGCUGCAGUCCUGUCAUGUGUCCUCCCCGUGCUGCUGAUGCUGCCAGUGUUUGUAACAGGAAACAUGGACCACUGUUACACAAACCUCAGCCAGCCUUACAAGUGCCUUCUAAUGCACACGGAGGCACUCUUCAUGUCCACUGACUUGAGCAAGAUGGUGGUGGACUCAGCUUGCCACCUGGUACACAUGUACAGUAUUGCUGUCUUCCUGGCAGUGUUCCUCCUCACCUUUGUUGGCAUUGUGGUGCUCAUGGGAAAAGCCCGCACUGUUUACAGACGUUAUGUGAGUUCUAGUGGUUUCCUAGGCGACAGGCAGUGGGCGUCGCUUCGUGUUCUGGACCGACACCUGCUCCUCUACCCCUCUGUCUUCUUCUUCUGUUGGGGCCCAGCAGUCUUCCUGGCAGCCAUGAUUCUGUACAACCCCAAAUCAGUGGAGGGAGUUGUGGGCGUCAUUCUCUACAUCUUACAGGUAAAACUGCCAGCUGCUCUGAAACCUACAACCAAGACGUGUGCAACCUCAGUCCAUGGCUUAAUUUCUACUUUCUCAUCCUCAUCCCAGGCCUUCACCUCAUCCUCUCAAGGCCUUCUGAACUGUGUGGUGUACGGCUGGACACAGACACACUUUCGGUCAGCUAGCAAAGAUGCUCUAAGGGACAUGGACACCCAGACGCCACUUCUGAGAUCUCAGAAGAAAGGCUAUAAAACUCUAUGGUCAACACCAUCCCCCAAACCAGAUGAUAUAGAAGGAUCUGGUAUUCUCCCGACACCACAUUAACGUACUAUGGCGGUUGUGAAACUGGCAAAAGAAAUUAAACACAGCCUUUUGUGCCAGACUGGGAGAGUGACGGUUUGGUUUUGAAUCUUGGGGACAGUACCUUGGGAAGCACCUGUUCUACCAAUGAAGCAAGAAUACCCAAGGCUGUACACAAGGGACAGCAGGGUCAAACCAGACAGAGGCUGAACUGCUGUAAAGAAAAAAAGGAAGAACCAGGGAAUUUACAACGAGAGGAAGAGCAGCUCUGAAACAGGAUCUGAGAGCUCUGUACUUUCAUCAGAGUCACUCCCUCCCUCACUUGUUUUGACUGCAUCGGUCGUGCAAACAUUGUCUCUACAUUAGUGUUUAGAAUUUCCCACAGUAGUUGGGGACAGCCGAGGAUAUUUGUGAAAGGCUUUGUAACUGACUGGCAUGUCUUUGAUUUAGAGGGGCCCUGAUUGAGCCCAACCGUGUGGAAAACAGUGCGCAGCAGCCUGUCACUUUUCAUCUUGAUGGAACAAAGGCACUCCAUUCACAGAGAUGCUGCUUGACGUACGAGUUUGGCCCGUGGUGUUGUGUGAUGGUCGUAGAUACGCAAGUGUGUGCAAUGUUUAGUUUUCACCCUGCAUGGGCUUGGUCACAGAAAUGUUACUGUAAGUUUAUGCUCACUCCUUGAGUUCAAUUCUAAACUUUUUCUAUCAAAGGGGGCAAUUAUUGCCUUGCAUAAAAUGUGACAGGCAUGACAACGGGAUAAAUACAUCACCACAACAUACACUUUUUUCCCCCUGAGAUGCAAAUGACACUGAAUGAAAAGAAUGUGAAUUUUCGGUCUGUCAAUGCA